AUGUCUUCAGUCCUGAGUAGCGAUCCCUCGGUGACUUCUGACGCCGCAACAUCAACCAAAGCCACUAGGGCGCAAGGCUCUGAGGGUAUCAGUCUUGUGGCUCUUCUCACGGCAUUGGGAUCUUCUUCUAUCAUUUUUGGUAUACAGAUGAUAGCUUUUAUGCUCUUGAAGAAUAAGCUUGCAAGAAUAUUUAAACCUAAAACUUAUUUAGUCCCCGAAAAAGAACGAACGGAACCUCCUCCGAGAAGUCCAUGGGGAUGGCUGUUCACCAUAUUUCAAUUCCGAGAUCGAGAAGUUAUCAACAAAUGUGGACUGGACGCCUACUUUUUUCUACGAUACCUUCAAACUCUUCUGGUUAUCUUCAUACCCAUGGCCGUGAUCAUAAUACCAAUUCUUGUGCCUAUGAACUAUAUUGGUGGGAGAGGUGGCGACUGGGCUGUACAAUAUGCAAACGACAAAAAUUCCACAGAAGUCUCGUCGAAUCCAAAUGUAACUGGAUUGGAUCAGUUAGCUUGGACGAAUGUACAGCCUAGCAAAACCAAUAGAUACUGGGCACAUCUGGUACUUGCCCUUUUGACCAUUAUUUGGGUUUGCGGUGUGUUCUUUGCGGAGCUACGAGUGUAUAUCAAAGUGCGACAAGAUUAUUUGACGUCGGCAGAACAUCGACUCAGAGCUUCUGCGACAACUGUUCUUGUUAGUGCAAUCCCAGACAAAUGGCUCACGAAAGAAGCGCUCGCUGGACUGUACGAUGUCUUCCCGGGAGGAAUUAGGAAUAUCUGGAUUAAUCGAAAUUAUGAUGACUUGUUGACGAAAAUCCAUCUUCGGGACAAGAUCCAUUUGAAGCUGGAGGAGGCCGAGACGGAGUUGGUGAGGGCAGCAAAGCAAGCCCAGAGGAAACGGGCAGCAAAGGAUGAGAAGGUCAAUAACAGAAACCGAAAAGCUCUGACAAAGGAAGAGAAAGCACAAAGAAUCAAAUACGAAAACGAACAGGCGGAGAGACUUGCUCAAAGUGGUGGAAUAGCUACAGGCGAAGAGGCUCCUCAUACAAUAGAUGAAGCGAUAGAUGAGGAGGCAGAAUUGGAAAGGCAGGAAGAAGCUCGCCAGCAUAAGCGACAAGGUUCGAAAUUCAAGCUCGGUAAUCCACUUGCUGCCGUGGGCCAAGGCUUUGAGGCAGUGGGACAAGGACUGAACAAAGGCGUAGGCGCUGUUGGAAAAGCUGGAGGUACUGCUUUUGGGGGUGUCAUGGGCCUUGGAAGAGAACUGGAUGAGACGAUUGGAGAAACCAAUGGUAAUGGUUUUGUAAAUCUUGGUGCGCAAUCGAUACCGGAGGAUGACGAAUAUGAUCAAUAUGGAAGAUAUAGACAACGACCACCACCGCCAAAACCAUAUGGAUCUGGAGUGGAUGAUGAAAAGAAUCGGGAUCCGGAAAAGCAACAGGGAGAAGCAGAAGAUCGUCCUUCAACGUCAGAUCGAGAUCCUCGAAGCUACGAAGGCGAGAGAAAGUUAGCAGGUAACACAGUACGAAGACACGGCUUCCAAUACGGAGGGGACGGAGCCAAUGAUGCGUUCCAAACUAAUAAUUGGUGGAAAUUCUGGACAGGUCCCGCUGGCGGAUUUCCUUCCCCAAUUCCAACAGGAUACGAAGACGACGAAGAAUUCCCCCUCACUCAAGGCGAUGGGCCAAGAUCGAGAGUUGCAACGGGUGCCCCAGCAAAGAAGAGUGCCUGGGAGGUAAUCAAAUCCAGCAUCCCCUUUCUACAUACAGAUGAUGGCCCAGGGGUCGAAUAUCCGAAAGCUUUUAACGAAGAAUACAACGAAAACGAGACAAACGCGGCUUGGCAAAAUUAUCUAAAAGAAAAGGAUAGGCCAACCCAUAGGUUACCCAGAUUCAGUUGGACCCCUAGUUGGUUCUUCGGCAUGCCUGGAAUCAGCCCAAAGGUUGAUACGAUAUUUUGGUGUCGGGAGCAACUCGCUCAACUCAACCUUGAGAUUGAACUGGAUCAAAAGUCCCCAGAAAGAUUUCCACUCAUGAACUCUGCUUUUAUUCAAUUCAACCAUCAGGUAGCUGCACAUAUGGCAUGUCAGUCUGUUACCUAUCACGUCCCUAAGCAAAUGGCACCGCGUACUGUUGAGAUCUCCCCUAAUGAUGUCCUUUGGGAUAACAUGUCUAUCAAAUGGUGGGAGGCUUGGCUCAGGACCGCUGUCAUUUCUGCUGUCGUUUUUGGUAUGAUUCUGUUAUGGUCUACUCCUGUUGCAUGGACAUCAACUUUAUCUCAGAUCUCCUCGCUUGUUAAGACCACAUCUUGGCUUCAUUGGCUUCAGGUUGUUCCCGAGAAGGUUCUCCAAGCUGUAGCAGGUGUUUUGCCCGCUCUUGUGCUUAGUAUCUUGCUAUCGCUAGUACCGACGAUUUUGGGAUAUCUUGCUUUUGUUCAAGGUUCACAGACUGGCAAUGAGAAGCAGUGUACGGUUCAAACUUACUAUUUUGCAUUUCUCUUUGUUCAAGUUUUCUUGGUCGUGUCUAUUUCUGGUGGUGUGGUAGCUGCAUUGGGAUCAUGGUCCAGUGAUCUCACUUCUAUUCCCGAGACACUUGCACAGCAAUUACCAAAGGCGGCGAAUUACUUUUUCUCUUAUAUGAUUCUACAAGCAUUAUCUGUGAGCUCGGGUACACUUCUGCAAUUAACGACCUUAAUAUUUUGGUUCAUUUUACCUAAGAUCUUCGAUAAUACUGCUCGACAAAAGUGGAAGAGAAAUACAACACUUCCAUCAGUAUCCUGGGGAUCAUUCUUUCCGGUAUACACCAACUUUGCCUGUAUUGGCCUGAUUUAUUGCGUGGUUUCGCCGGUCAUCAUCAUCUUUGUUAUUAUUACAUUCACGCUUCUUUGGAUUGCAAAUCGUUACAACAUGCUUUAUGUCUCUAGAUUCAGGAUCGAUACAGGAGGUCUCUUGUACCCACGUGCUAUAAAUCAAACAUUUACUGGUUUAUAUGUCAUGGAACUUUGCCUCAUUGGCUUGUUCUUCUUGACAGAGGAUGAGCAAGGUGAUUCACUCGCUGCUCAGGCAAUCAUCAUGAUUGUUGCUCUCCUUCUAACUGCUCUUUAUCAAUUCCUCCUCAACUGGUCUUUUGGUCCUCUACUUCGAUACUUACCAAUUACCUUUGAGGAUGAAGCUGUUCUCCGUGAUGAAGCAUUUGAUCGGAUGCAAGCCGAACGUCUAGGUCUCACAACUGCAGACCCAGAAACAUUACCACAAAAUGACGGUAUCGGCAUCCAGGGACCAGGAUUCAUCGAGAUGGAAAGUUUACCACCCACGAACGGAGGAGGUAAAUUUUCCAAACUCAAACCAUCCAAACUGGUUCAUGGUGCCGCCGCAGCUGGUGGCUGGGCUCUUCAAUCCGGUAGAAAUCUCCGACACAAAACAUUUGCUCGCGGAAACGGCACCGAUGUUCCCCAGAACAUUGAUGAAAGAAUCGCUCUACCACAACUAAUACGCAAACGACACCAUCGCGACAUCGAAGCACAGCAAAAAAUCGCAAAUGCUCUCUAUGGUGGUUAUAAUGAUGAAAUCGAAGAUCUAGCUCCAGAAGAAAGAGAUAGUUUGGUGAAACAUGCGUUUCAACAUUAUGCGCUGAGGGCCCGGAGACCGGUGGUCUGGAUUCCACGAGAUGAUAUUGGGGUUAGUGAUGAUGAGGUUAAGAGGACGAGGGAUUAUGCGGGAGCCAAUAUUUGGAUUAGUAAUGUGGGGGCGGCGUUGGAUGCUAAGGGGAGAGUGGUUUAUGGGAGGAAUCCACCGGAUUUUUCGGAGCUGGAUUUGAUUACGCUGUGA